AUGUGCCUUUGUGUUGGCCGGUUAAAGCGCUACUUCUACCACCUUCCUUCUUGAGAAAAGGAGGAACGCUUGACCUCUUUCUCGUGGGGGAGCAAGAGUAACGUUCCAUGGCUUUUAACCUCUCCUCCUCUCUUCUCCAAGUCGCCCAUAUCUCAUCCAAACCGCGGCUGCAACGCAAAGCCUUGGCUGCUGCCUCUUCUCGUCGUCCGUUUGGUCGUAAAGCUGAGUCACCCGCACAUCUCCGAUCUACUCCGAGCCUCCCCUUGCGGCCUACAGGGCGUUCCUUCCGAUGCUCGUCCUCCAGCAACGACCGUGGUGACGAGGACCAGGCGGUGACGGAAGUCCAGCGGCCGUUGGAGGAGAACCGGAGGGCUGAGCUCGCCGCCCGCAUCGCCUCCGGCGAGUUCACCGUCCAGCAGCCUGGGUGGGUUCUUGCGCUGAGGAAUGGGCUUUCGACUCUGGGGCUGCCGCACGAGUUCUUGGAGCGGCUGUUCUCGAGAUGGGCCUGCAGCGGCAGCGGUGAGCUCCUUGAGAUCCCUCAGGCGAGAGGAUCGGUUGAUGCCGUUGCAGGGCAGGCCUUCUUCAUCCCUCUCUACGAGCUCUUCCUCACUUAUGGAGGCAUAUUUCGCCUCAACUUCGGCCCUAAGUCCUUUCUGAUUAUUUCGGACCCGGACAUUGCUAAGCACAUACUGAAGAACAACUCCAAGGCUUAUUCCAAGGGUAUACUAGCAGAAAUUCUGGAGUUUGUGAUGGGGAAGGGUUUGAUUCCAGCUGAUGGUGAGGUUUGGCGUGUUAGGAGACGUGCAAUUGUUCCGGCAUUGCAUCAGAAGUAUGUGUCUGCGAUGAUAAACCUUUUUGGGAAAGCUUCAUUUGGACUGUGUGAGAAGUUGGAUGCUGCAGCCUCGGAUGGAGAGGAUGUGGAGAUGGAGUCGCUCUUUUCACGGUUGACACUUGACAUAAUUGGAAAGGCAGUUUUUAAUUAUGAGUUUGAUUCAUUAACCCAUGAUAAUGGAAUUGUCGAGGCAGUAUAUGUCGCCCUGCGGGAAGCAGAGAUGCGUAGUACUUCUCCCAUUCCUACUUGGGAAAUUCCAAUAUGGAAAAACAUCUCCCCAAGGCAGAGGAAGGUUUCAGAAGCCCUUAAGUUGAUUAAUACGACACUGGAUGAUCUUAUUGCUAUCUGCAAGAGAAUGGUAGAGCAAGAAGAAUUGCAAUUCCAUGAAGAAUACAUGAAUGAGCAAGAUCCUAGCAUUCUUCACUUCCUACUUGCUUCUGGAGAUGAUGUCUCUAGCAAACAACUUCGAGAUGAUUUGAUGACAAUGCUUAUAGCUGGUCAUGAAACAUCUGCUGCAGUGUUAACAUGGACAUUUUAUCUUCUUUCUAAGGCACCAGAAGUAGUUGCUAAGCUCCAGGAUGAGGUUGAUUCUGUUUUAGGUGACCGAUCUCCAACAAUUGAGGACAUGAAGAAACUGAAGUAUACUUCUAGAGUAAUUAAUGAAUCAUUGAGACUUUACCCACAGCCACCUGUUUUAAUCCGUCGUUCUCUCGAAGAUGAUGUGCUCGGAAAGUAUCCAAUAAGCAGGGGUGAAGACAUUUUCAUUUCUGUAUGGAACCUCCAUAGAAGUCCUAAGCAUUGGGUUGAUGCUGAGAGUUUCAAUCCUGAAAGGUGGCCAUUGGAUGGACCGAAUCCAAAUGAAAGCAAUCAGAAUUUCAGUUAUUUACCAUUUGGUGGUGGACCACGAAAAUGCAUUGGAGACAUGUUUGCCACCUUUGAGACAGUGGUUGCGACCGCAAUGCUAAUUAGGCGAUUCAACUUCCAAAUGGCCUUAGGAGCUCCCCCGGUAGAGAUGACUACAGGUGCAACGAUCCACACAACCAAGGGCUUGAAGAUGACAGUUACACGUAGGACAAGGCCUCCCAUAAUCCCCACCUUGGAGACCAAAGUAGUAACAGUAGAUGGUGAUCUGCAACUGAGCUCGACCCUGUCCAAUGCUGCAGCAAUUAGCAGUGGUGCACCUAAAGAGGAUCAGCAAGGUGAAAUCUCUACAGCAGCCCACCAGUCUCAACAAGUUACUGGCUAGGCCAUAUCCCAAGCCCUGAUGGCACUUGAAUGGCUCAAUUGUAGCCCUCUUGUCAGAUUAAUCUUUCCAAAAUUUGUAGUUUAUGUUGUGUAAAUGCGUUAUAAUUGGAAAUGCUCUUAGCUGGCCUUGUCAGCCUUCAGUCUCAUAUUGAAAUCGUUUUUCUUGUUUUUCCAUCCUUAUUCAGAAGGAUGACUAGCGUGAAAAUGGAUAAAUAUGUUUUCUAUAUUACCAAAGUAAUUUCUCUUUUCUUGAUUUUA